CAGAGCGUAGGGAGCGCCUCCGUUUGAAUGCUCUGCGGAAACAGACUCUCCUCGCAACCGAUAUGAAGAGUUAACCACAGCACAAUGCAGGUAGCUAGCUAACGUUUUAACACGGUGCAAUUAUUAUUAUUAUCCACCGCUCCAGAAGAGGCGGACGGUAACUUGUAGUCGCUUGUCACCGUCAAGCUGUUUUAUACUUUGUGCUUGUUUAUGAGCCAACGUGAGUUAGUUAGCUAACUGCAUUGAAACUGCAGUCUUUUGGUAGCAUACCAAUAUGUAAGGCUGGCCUGGUCGUCAACACCUCGUCUGGACUUUGUAGUUUUUGUAGCUCUCACUGUUUGGUUAGUAGCAUCAGGGCGUUUAGAACUGGGAUCUCGUGAGUAGCUAGGACUCACGUGAGGAUGAGUUAGCAGUAGUCUGGAGAAAGUGAUCAAGUUAGAAAGGAUCAGGGAAACAGUGCAGCAGCAGCAGCGGGUGGAGGUUUGAUUUGGCCUUGACAGAAGAGACUGGAAUACUUUUUUUUAAGAGGUAAAGAAAAAAAGAUUGUGUAGAAUGAAAGUCAUGGAGAAAAAUGUGAUGCGCCUGCUGGCUGUGCAGCACCUCCGAUCAGCGUUUGGGAUAAAGACAAAGAACUGGAACAAAAACAAAGCGGCCAGCUGCAAGACAACAGCCAGCUCCUCGACAAAGGUCUUCGGGGUGUACCUGGAGAGCUUACCAUACUAUAAUAUGGAAUGCGGAAGUGUGCCAAGCUUUUUGGUGGAUGCCUGCAUGAAACUGCUGGCACAUGUGGACACAGAAGGCCUGUUCAGAAAAUCUGGCUCUGUCAUCCGCCUGAAAGCACUCAGGGCUAAACUGGACGCAGGAGAGGAGUGUCUGUCCUCAGCUCUUCCCUGUGACGUGGCCGGUCUGGUGAAGCAGUUCUUCAGGGAGCUUCCAGAACCAGUUCUACCCACAGAGCUGCAGGAGGCCUUUCUCAAGGCCCAGCAGCUCCCCACGGAGGAGGAGAGGACCUCUGCCACCAUGCUGCUGUCCUGUGUGCUUCCUGACAAGAAUCUGAGUGUGCUGCGUUACUUUUUUGACUUCCUCAAAAAUGUGUCUCUGAGGAGUGCAGAGAAUAAGAUGGACAGCAGUAACUUGUCUGUAAUCUUGGCUCCUAACCUCCUUCAUGCUGGAGACGGCACAGAGAAGAUGAACGCUAACACAGAGAAACGACUCAGGCAACAAGCAGCCAUCGUACACUGCUUCAUAGAGAACGCCAACAGAUUUGGUGUGCUACCACAGCAUCUCCAAGAGAAAGUUCCAGCCAUGAUGGGCUGUGAGGCGGGAGCUCUGUCUCCGACUCAUGACGGACUGGAGGAGCUGGACUUAAACUCAGGGAUGAAGAAGAGACACAGACGCAGCUUUGGAGUCUUUUCUUCUGCAACUCCUGUGAUUGCAACGCCGACCUCAAAGCGAAAGCUGCCUUUGGAAUCGGGUCACUCUUUUGGAUUCUCAAACAAGAAACGUAGAUCAGUCAAAAAGAAUCUUGGCAUAGAUUUGUUUCCCAAUACUUUGUUCAGCGGGACGUCCACUCCUGGAUCAGCUUACAGUGCCUCUGGGGUCUUGGACACUUCCCACAAUGUCCUGUCACCAGCGGGGAGGUCCAGAAGGCAGUCAGCUACCUCUGUGAGGAGGAAGAGCCGACGACUUAGCAACAGACAUGCUGUAAACAGAGUGGAAUCUGGUCGAACUGGCUGCUUUUCUCCGAAAGUGGACAAAAAAGAAGCCCCACUUAAAUCUUUGCGCAUGCGCUUUAGCCUGGGGAAGAGCAACAAAGAGGCUGGGUCUGAGUCCAUUGGUUGGCGACUUGCCACACAGGAGAGCACCACCAGUUUCUGUUUCACAGAAGAGACAGUGUUCAGUCCCUCGGUUCUGACGAGGAAAGCUGAACCUAUAAGUUCAAAGUACAUCAGCAAGUCUGAAGACAACCUCCUCACUCCCCAGUGUGACUCAGGAGCCCAUGGGACCUCAUGGAGCGGGGAGACCCCUGCAGCUGGAGGAUCUUUCACCGAUACGCCGAUGAACAUGUGCCUGAAGAGCGCCUACAAGUCUGAGCCAGCCAUCGUUGUAUCCAAGCCUCCUCUGGUGGCCAGCCUUCCCAUGAAGCUUUGCUGUGCUUCCAGCGCUGAGAGCCUGGAGUGUGAAAGCUCCAUUAUUGAAACUCAGAGCAGAACUGAGCCCACUCUGCUGAAAAUAAAGAAGGCCUCCACAGAGUCCUGCAGUCAGGCUGUCGUACAGGAGCCCUGCCACUCCGAGGUAAUAUGCGCAACACAACGGCAAAACAGCAUCGUAGUUCCUCUACCAGAGACUCCAGCAGUCAGGUGUCGGUCUGUGGAUGCAGAGGCUUUGUGUUUCCGCGCUCAGCAGAGCUGCUUGGCUAGCGAUCAGAACAUUACCUUUGGUCAGAUUGAAAUAGCCGCUUUAUCUCCUUUGCAUAUUGACAGCGUCAUUUUUGAGUCUGGUGCUUUCAGUCCAGAAGAAAAGGCUCAUAAGGAUUCUGUCUUUGCUGCUCCAAUCAGCAGCAACAACAGCUCAUUGGCUGGAGAAAGUGAGAGAGAGGUGGAGCAGAUUAACUGCAGCAGGCUGAUCGAUGCUCUAGACAUCCACAGUCCUGCUCUCUUCAAGCUGGGCGUCUGUUCAGGGCUGCAGUCCACUCCGUACAAGCUCGGUCUUGAGUUUGGAGAAGAGUUUGGUACGCCUUCUAAAACUGGUACUAUGAUCAGUUGCAGUGCGGUACAUGAAGAAAGUGAAACUUCACAUGAGGUCGGUACAGAAGUCCAAACCCAGCAGCCCCUCUCACCCCGCAGCCUGGAGACCGAAAAGCGCCGUGUUGUAGACCACAUUCAACACUUCAACAAGCUCACCCUCCAGUCUCCCAGAGGACCCAAAGCCAAACUCAUCAGAUCACCGCUGAAAUUUCAGCGCACACCAGUGCGUCAGACUGUGCGCAGGAUGAACUCUUUCCUAGGCGAGAGAAGGAGAUCGAUGAGAAACGCAGACCUCACUAUGAGCCAGGGCGUUCAGGUGGUGAAGGCAGUGAGUAUGGAGAGUGGCCUCUCCCCUCACCUUCAGCUGAAGCCCCUGCAGGCAGAGUCGGCCAGAAAGAUACCGCCUCCUGUCCCACCCAAAAAGCCCAGCACCCUAGCACGUAAAGCUAAAGUGUGCGCUCUGGGUGAUGUGACCAACAAGAUCCAAAAGAAGACCAAAGCGGACUCUUCUGACGCUGAUCCUGCAGCAGCUCAGAAGCCUCUGGUGCAGCAGGUAGCAGAGAGGGACAUGAACCAUUACAGAGGCUCACCCAGAAACCCUCUGAACCAAGUACGCCUGCUGUCUGCCACCAAGCCUGUAGAUCUAUAGAUCAGAAUCUCCUCGCUAUGCAGCUCUGUCUGCUGGACUACAUGACUUUCAACAUUCCCUCUUAUAUCACCCACAUUUUCAGGGGUCUUAAUUUAUUUGUAGCUCUGCUAGAAGCUGUUUGUGUUGCAUUCAGGCCUUAAUGGGAGAUGUUCACAUGCCUUAUGUUUAUUGUACGCCAGUAAAGCAAGUUUACAAGUUAAAAGUCAACACAUCAGCCUAAAAGAUAAUGUCAGCUUGUUUUAAACUAUAGUGUGCAGACCACAAAAUCUGAAAUGUGAUGACGGUAUGACUGGAAAUGCUUAGAUUUAGUCGUUUAUUUAUGCUUUUUAUAUCUAAUCCUUUGUAGUUUUUUAAAGAGAAAAAAACUGUUUACCGACACUGAAGCUGUUUUUAUUUCAGAAUAUUUUAUACUGUUUGUCAUGAAGAGAAAAUAAGAAAAAAAUGCACCUUUUGUUGGAUUUCAUGAAAAAAAAAAAGCAAAGCCAAGCAGUAUGAUCACAUUAUCAAUCUAUUUCAGUCACACAAUUUAAUUAAAUAAAACAGUUCAAUUGCUUUGACAUGUGACCUGCUUCAGACCAAUAAAAUCAGCAGCAUAAUA